AUGAUCGAGAGUAGAGCCUCCAACAAGGUCGAAGUUGGCGAGAAGAGAAAAUUUGAAGGAUCUCCAAGGUCCAAUGAGAAGAGAAAAUUCUCGAAGUCUGGUUCAAUGAAGUUCGAAGGAGGAGGAAGAGGUGAAGCAAGAUGGUGCAAUAAGUGCAAUAAGAAGAACUUCGGAAGAUGCCAUGGUGAAGUGAACUGCCAUAAGUGUGGUAGGACCGGUCACUAUUCCAGAGAUUGUCAAUUCGACAAAAAGAAGUGUUACAAAUGUGGAGAUGGUGGGCAUAUUUUGAAGAACUGCCCAAAGAAGAACGAAGUUGCAAUGCAAAAUCCAUCGUUGAAGCCAAAGGCAAAAGCAUUCCAGAUGAUCCUCGAUGAAGUAGGUGACAAUGCAAGAGAUCAGGAGUAA